AUGGCGCUGCUGCAGACGCUCCGGAAGACGGCGAGCCACGGGCUGCGCGCGGCACCUCGCAGCUCCGCGCUGUACUCCACGGAGCGCGUGUUCCCCAACUUCUCGGUGUACGGAAGCGACUCGGCCUUCCAGGUGGCCCCCAGCGCCCCGCAGUACACCAGCGCGGGCAGCUACAUGAAGAUGAAGCGUGUGGGCGCCAUCAUGCUGUCGUGGGCCAAGGCCACCAACUCGGGCUACAACUACCAGAAUAAGACGUUCUUCUCGCUGAGCCCGACGGAGGUGGGACUGGUGCUCGAGCUGCUGGACUCGCGGAUCCCGGAGCUGUCGUUCACGCACUCGCCCAACAUGAACGCGUCGGAGGAGGACAAGAACUCCAAGACGCUGCAUAUCACGCGCGCGUCGGGCUCGGACGGAAACCCCUUGGUGCUGAUCAAGGUCAACCACGAGGGCGAGUCUGUCGCUACGCUGAACGUGGGCGAGGCUCGGGUCUUCCGGGAAUUGCUGACGUACUCUCUUCCUCGGCUCUUCGGCUUCCACUCGGUGCUGGAAGGACCUCUGAACGUCGAGGGCGGCAACGGAGGCGGCUUCUCGCAGGGCGGCGGCAACUCGUACUCGUCGGGCUCCAACGGCGGAUACCGCGGUGGCAACAAGCCUGCUGGUGACUGGCCCUUCUAA